AUGGAUCAACAUAUUUUCCAUCAUAGUUGGAUGUACGAUAGAAAAUAUCCGGGGAAAAGGAAACUUAAGGCGGCUUUUGUGGAUGGAGUUCCUGAUUUUGUUGCUUACGCCAUGGCGCAAGAUGCCUUUCAAUUGGAGGGAGGGAUAAGAUGUCCGUGUGUUAAAUGUACGUGUAGGUUGAUUCGGAGCCCAAAAGAUGUUCUAAACCAUUUAAAGGACCUUGGUUUUAUGGAGAAUUAUUAUGUGUGGAUUUAUCACGGUGAACAAGAGCCGACAAAUAAUACUGAGUCUGAUGUUAAUAUGCACGCUUCAAGCAGUGAGGCGCGUAUGGAGUGUGAAAACUUUGGCGUGAUGGAAGAUAUGGUCGGUGAUGCUCUUGGGGUGAACCUGUCUUACAACGAGGGUGGUGAAGAGGAAACAAUCCCGAAUGAAAAAGCGUUGACGUUUUACAAGAUGAUGCAAGAAGUAAACAAGCCGUUGUUUGAAGGGUCGUCUGAUUCUAAGUUAUCCAUGAGUGUGAGGCUUUUAGCUGCCGCGUCAGAUUGGAGUGUAGCCGAAGAAGGCUCAGAGUGUUAUACAGAUAUCAUGAGGGACGCAACUCCUGUAAAGGACAAUUUGCCCUUGAGUUUUUAUGAGGGUCAAAAGUUGGUGGAGAAGUUGGGAUUGGAAGUUAAAACUAUUGAUUGUUGCGUUAAUGGGUGCAUGUUUUAUGACAACGAAUUUGGUAAAAAUGAUGGGGCGUUGGUGGCGUGUAAAUUUUGCAAUGCACCGAGGUAUGAAGUAUGUGAUGAUGUCGGUUCUCAGAAGAAGAAACGAGUCUCAAUCAAGUCAAUGUUUUAUCUGCCAAUAAUACCAAGAUUGCAGAGAUUGUUUGCAUUAACUCACACUGCCAAUAAAAUGACAUGGCAUUAUUACAAUAAAACUAAUUCAGGUGUGGUGCGACAUCCUUGUGACGGGGUGGCAUGGAAGCACUUUGAUCAAGUACAUCGUGAUUUUGCAGAAGAUCCACGUAAUGUGAGGCUUGGAUUAUGCUCUGAUGGAUUUAUUCCAUAUAUCCAUGCAUCAGCAACGCGACCUACGAGCCCCUUAGAUGGUAUAGAUGUGUAUCUACAACCCUUAAUUGAUGAUUUGAAUAGAUUGUGGAACGGUGUAUUGACAUAUGAUAUUGCAAGGAAGAAAAAUUUUAGAAUGAGGGCAGCUCUGAUGUGGACUAUUAACGACUUUCCUGCAUAUGGAAUGUUGUCUGGAUGGUCAACUCAUGGAAGAUUGGUAGCUUAUCGCACGGAAGCAGGAGAGUUUUUGGAGGAGAAUCUUGAGAUUCCAUCAUAUCCAGAAAUUCCCUUCCCAUUAAACUUCAAUUAUGGGCAAAGGCUGUAG